AUGCCUAAUUUUAUUUUUCCUUUGCUUUACAGGAAUAAGACACUUCAAAAUCAUGUUGUAGAGAAAAUAAUUGGGAAUGAUGAUAUUUUAGUGACAGCUGGUUAGAAUGGGGAAUUAGUAAUUUGGAAAUAGGAUCUAAAUCCUAGAAUAGUGAUCUACCCAAACCUGUCAAAUGCAUAUGGAAAAUUAUUGACUAUGAAUUUAGUUCGCUUAUCAUUCUUUAACAUUUUAGACAGAGCAGAAUAAUGUUUACUCACUAUUCAUGAGGAUAAGAGAAUAAGAAUAUUUGAUUGUCGUGAUGGACGUUGUGUUGGAAUAUCAGCACAUGAUAGUUCAGGACCAGUAUAAUAUUGUGUUCCUUUGAGUUCCAAUAAUUGCAGGUUUUUGAUACUAGGAAUGUAAAAUGGUUUGAGUCUUUUUGAUCUUUGGAAAAUGAAAAGUGUUAAACAAUAUGAUACUAAAAUACGUUCAUUAUGUUAACUUGAUAUUAAUACUGUUUGUAUAUUGGAUUAGGAAAACUAUUUACAUCUUAUAAAUUUAUCUCCUUUAAAUAAUGAAAGAUAUUUGAAUUUUAAGGAAUUCAAAAAAAAGAAAGAGUAAAUAAAAUUGGAUUUUUCAGAACUUAAGUUAUGUGAUGGAUUAAAGAAACUUAAAAUUGAUGGUAUUUAAAGUAAUCGUAUCAGACAUAUGAGUUUUAAUUAAGAAUAUUAACAUUUGACUAUUUUGAUGCAUAGAUAACUUUACUUAGUUUUUGAUAUAUUUGAUACACCUUGGAUUAUGUGUAUAAGUUAAUCUAAAAAUAAUUAAAAGUUUACUAAAGUACAUUAUUCAAAAGAGUAUCUCUAUAUAACUACUAGAAAUGGUAGUGUUCUUGGUUUAGAAUACAAAGACAUAAUAUAUUUGUUAUCUAUUUUGAAAGAAUAAUCUGAUUUUGUUUAUGGUUUUAAAGAAUUUUAAUUUACUAAAAUUGCAGAUUCUUAAUUUAGUAGAUUAUAAAUUAAUUUUUAAGAAUUAAUAUCAGGCUCUGAAGAUUAAAAAGAGCAUAAUGGUAUUUUUAUAUUAAAGACUAUUGUAUAUCAAUAUAAAAACAAAUGUUUGUGUUAAUAUAAUUUAACAGAUGUGAAAUUGGAUUUGUCUUUGAUUCGUAUAAAUUAAUCAGAUUCAGACAUCAAAUUCAAUGGAUUUAAGUGGUCAUUUAAUACUUUUAGUGAUUUGAUUAAGAUAGAAACCUUGAAAUAAGGAUGCAAAUAAGUUGAUGCAUUUAAUUUUAAAGAAUCUGGCUAAGAUGAUUUGCUUUGGAAUUUAGGUCAAAUGACUACUAAAGAAUUUUAAACUAAAUAUUUACCAUAUAUAAAUAUUGAUACACAAAUUACAUCUGCAUUUAUUAGUGUAAAUGAUAAGAGUUAAAUUUAUUGGUUUGGAUGUAGUAAUGGUAUAAUAUAUGGAUUUCCAACUAUAUAUAGUAGUAAAUCAUAUUUUAUUUACAGAAUCAAAAUGGAUGAAAAAACAGUCACAUUUAUAUAUUAGAAGGGAAACUAUUUAAUUGCUAGUUCUGAAAGUGGAUAAUUUAUAAUAAUAGAUUACAGUUUAGUGGUUAAUGAGAAGAUGGGAGAACAAUAAGUAGAAUUCAUAGAUCUGGAACCAUCACAAAGAAUUUACUUCCCAAGUUAUGCAAAAAAAACAAUAAGAAUUCAUAAAUUAGAGAAUGAAUCAUAUGAGGAAAUGUAAUCAAAUAAUUAAUAAUAAAAAUUUUAAAAGAUUGCCAUUUUGAUGGAUAAUAAUGUUAUUCUAAUAAUUAAUUUAUAAGAUGGAGGAGUAUAAUUGAAAUUACAUGGGAUAUAUCAAUAAGUUUUGGGUUUAUAUUAUGAAGAUCAAGGAGAUUAGUGGUUUGUAGUAGUUCAGGGAGGAGAAUCCUUAGUAUUUGAUUACAAGGGAAGAUAUUUGAGAACAUUAAUGAUUGAGUAAUACCAUUCACUAUUUCAAGUAGAAAAGAAAUUAAGUAAAGUUAAAGAUAAGAUGAUUAAUCAUCAUCAAUUAAGUGAAUUCAAGAGAGAAUUUAAUAAAUCAAUAAGCAAAGUAUAUCGAUUGUUAGAGUUUUAAUAAAGAAAUAAUUAUAUUAAGAUGUAAUCUCCUUAUCCUAGUUUGUAUGAAGUAGGAGGUUAAUUUAAAUAAUGGUAAUUUGAAGCUGAAUAAGCAGCUAAGAUGUUAUACUUGAUAGAUCAUAAUUCUGUUAAAAGUAAUAUGAAAAUGUGUAAGUUUGUAGAAACCAACAUAGGAGAAUUAGAAUGGUGGGACUUAAAGAAAUAAGGAGAUAACAAUAAUUAGAAUAGGUUAUUUUUAAUGUUACAUCCUUGGGAAGCUGAUACUCAAUUAAGUACAUAAUUAGACUAGAUAUUGAAUUAUUAGAAACCAACCUUCGCUCCUUUAAUUGGUGUAUAAUCGAUGGGUUAUUGUGUCAGUUUUGCAUUAUCUCGAGGUUGGGAUGUAUCACCUCAUUUUACUUCAUAAAGAGCUAUGUCAUUGAUGCAUUUCUAUUUAUCUUGUUUAUCUAAGGAGGCUUAAGUAUUUAAUCAAUUGAUGAUACAAACUGUUGAAUUACUCACAAAAAAAAAAUAAUUGCUGGAUUCAAAUUUUAAAUCAAUGGACUUAUUUUUGUUAGCAUAAUACACUAUUGAUGAAUCUAAUGAAGUCAUGAAUGCCGCAUGUAAUUUAAUACUUUCAUAAAUUAGAAAGUCUGAUUAAGAUAUGCAAGAAUAGCAUAAAUUAAUUAGAGAGCUGCUGGAUUUAAAUAAGGAGCAGCAAGGACAUAAUUUUUCAAAUGUAGAAGUGAUACUUCUUAUGUUAGAAUCCUAUUUAACAGGGAUGUGUUAAAAUCUCUAAUAAAGUGAAGAUUAAAAGCGAAGAGUGAUUUAAGGAUUGAAUCUCAAAAAUUGUAUAGUAAAUCCUCACCUUUGUGCUCCUCUUCUUAAAGUAUUUGUAGAUGUCUAAUAACAUUUUCGAAAUUCCUACAAUCCAUCAGACAUAUUUAAAAAUCUAUUCUUCAUCUUUUUUCAAUACAAUACUGUAAUUGAAUACUCAGAAAUUCUCACUUAAGGUAGUCAAUAAAUGUAAUUGAUUAAUUUAUUAAAAGAAAUUAGUAAGCAGUCAGAUGAUAUGAAAAAAAGAAUGAGAUAACUUACUGCUAAAAGUAUUAUUUAAGUUGCUAUUGCAGCUCCUGUUGAUUUUACUAAAAUUUUAAAUAAAGAUAUUGUGAAUUUGGAAACUCAUUUAUUUUAUCCUUCAUCUAUCAUUGAAAUCAUAAGAAAUUAUAUCAAAUCAUAACAUUAAAACAUUCAUAAAUAAUUACCAAUUCUUAUGGAUAUUAUACUAAAAAGUCUUGAUCCAAAUAAUCCUAAUUUGCGUAAGGUUUGUCAUAGAUCUGCUACAUAUGCUUUAUAAACAAUUUGUAAAACUUUUAAGUGUGUUUGUUUCCAUCAAUAAACUUAAAAGAUAGCAAUUGGAGAUACUUAAAUUAUAAUCUAUGACUUAAGAACUGCAGUAAAAUGGAGAGUCUUGGAUGGACAUAGUGGUUAAAUUAAUUGUCUAGAAUUCGAUCAUACAGGCAAACAGUUGGCAAGUUUUAGUGAUACUGAUUGGAAGAUUAAAAUUUGGAAAGUUGGAUCAACAGGGUAUAAUAAUUAAUAUAUAUAUAAAUUAGAUUCUUUGGAGCCAUAAUUGGAAUACAAGGAAAACCAGCUAAAGAUAUGUCUGUUAGGUAAUAACCUUUAGUUCAUCCAUAAAUCUCAUGGUCAUAAGAUGAUAAUAGAGUAUUCUUAAUGUCAAAUGGAUAAUCAGUUGUACAAUGUCAGCUUUGAUGU